UGUAUGCCCUGGGCUCUUCCCACAGGUGGCCUUUUGCCCCACCCCCAGCAUACAAUGAUGGAAAUAGCCAAUGUGACUUCUCCAGAAGUCUUUGUCCUCCUGGGCUUCUCUGCACGACCCUCACUAGAAACUGUCCUCUUCAUAGUUGUCUUGGGUUUUUACGUGGUAUCGAUCUUGGGCAAUGGCAUCAUCAUUCUGGUCUCCCGUAUGGAUGUGCACCUCCACACGCCUAUGUACUUCUUUCUUGCCAACCUCUCCUUCCUGGACAUGAGCUUCGCCACGAGCAUUGUCCCACAGCUCCUGGCCAACCUCUGGGGACCACAGAAAACCAUAAGCUAUGGAGGGUGUGUGGUCCAGUUCUAUAUCUCCCAUUGGCUAGGGGCAACCGAGUGCGUCCUGCUGGCCACCAUGUCCUAUGACCGCUACGCUGCCAUCUGCAGGCCACUCCAUUACACUGUCAUUAUGCAUCCACAGCUUUGCCUUGGGCUAGCUUUGGUCUCCUGGCUGGGGGGUCUCACUACCAGCAUGGUGGGCUCCACCCUCACCAUGCUCCUACCGCUGUGUGGGAACAAUUGCAUCGACCACUUCUUUUGCGAGAUGCCCCUCAUUAUGCAACUGGCUUGUGUGGAUACCAGCCUCAAUGAGAUGCAGAUGCACCUGGCCAGCUUUGUCUUUGUUGUCCUGCCUCUGGGGCUCAUCCUGGUCUCUUACGGCCACAUUGCCUGGGCCGUGUUGAAGAUCAGGUCAGCAGAAGGGCGGAGAAAGGCAUUCAACACCUGCUCUUCCCACGUGGCCGUGGUGUCUCUGUUUUACGGGAGCAUCAUCUUCAUGUACCUCCAGCCAGCCAAGAGCACCUCCCAUGAGCAGGGCAAGUUCAUAGCUCUCUUCUACACCGUAGUCACUCCUGCGCUGAACCCACUUAUUUACACCCUGAGGAACACGGAGGUGAAGAGCGCCCUCCGGCACACUGUAUUAGAGAACUGCUGUGGCUCUGCCGGCAAGCUGGCGCAAAUUUAG